AUGUUCGCAACUCGCCUCUUCCGGCCUGCAGCUCAGCUGUCGAGCCACGUAAGACGAUAUGCCUCGGAAGCACCCAAGAGUGGCGGCAGCAAUGCGCUCCUCUAUGGUGCCGGCGCCCUCGGUCUCGCUGGUGCAGGAUACUAUGCAAUGGGGGGCAGCGGCAAAGACCCAGUCGAGCUCGCGAGGGAAAACACGAAGCCGCUGACCGAAAACAUCCCACCGGCGCAAGGUGGCCCUCCAGACAAGGUCUUCAUUGGUGGCGACCAAGGCUUCAUCAAGCUGGCAUUGGAGAAGGUGGAUACCGUCAACAAGAACACCAAGAAGUUCCGCUUCAAGUUCGAGGAUCCAGAAGCUGUGUCCGGCCUGCCAGUCACCUCGGCCGUCAUCACAAAGUACAAGGGACCUGAAGACCAGAAGCCAACGAUCCGACCAUACACACCUGUGAGCGACGAGGAGGACCGUGGCUACAUGGACUUGCUCGUCAAGAAGUACGACGGUGGCCCAAUGUCUACUCAUCUGCACAACAUGGAGCCUGGCCAGCAGCUCGAGAUCAAGGGCCCAAUUCCAAAGUAUCCAUGGGAACAGAACAAGCACGACUCAGUCGCUCUCCUCGCUGGUGGCACCGGUAUUACGCCAAUGUACCAACUCUGCCGUCAGAUCUUCAAGAACCCCCAAGACAAGACAAAGGUCACUCUGGUGUUUGGCAACAUCACCGAGGAGGACAUCCUUCUCAAGAAGGAGUUCGAAGAGCUCGAACAGAAGUUCCCACAACGAUUCCGUGCUUUCUACGUUCUCGACAACCCACCGGAAGGCUGGAAGCAGGGCAAGGGCUACAUCACCAAGGAUCUCCUCAAGACUGUAAUUCCGGGACCUGAAGAAGAGAACGUGAAGAUCUUUGUAUGCGGUCCACCUGGUCUAUAUAAGGCCAUCUCGGGACCAAAGAAGAGCCCGGCGGAUCAGGGUGAGCUUAGCGGAUACCUGAAAGAGCUGGGCUACACCAAGGAUCAUGUGUACAAAUUUUAG